UAGAAAUAUACAUUUGUGAUUCAAUUCUUGCCCAUUCAGAGAGCCAAGAUGAGAGACGACUGCCAUGUCCUUCUGGUGAUAUAUCCAGGGCAAGGCCAAAUCAAUCCAUGUUUACAGUUUGCUAAGCGCCUUGUUAACUUGGGAGUUCGUGUCACUUUCUCAACCACUCUCUUCGCUAUCCGCCGCAUAUCUACUCGCUCGACGAUACCCGGCAUAGAUUUCGCCCCCUUUUCCGAUGGCUACGAUGAGGGCUACAAAGGCACUGCUGAUGGGUUCUGCCACAUGUACGAUUCCGUCAAGGCUAGAGGGUCGGAAUAUGUGGCUAGCCUUGUCAAGGCCAAGGCUGAGGAGGGUGCUCCGUUUACCCAGAUUAUCUUUACAACACUUAUGGCAUGGGUUGGGGAAGUUGCCCGGAGUCUUCAAGUCCCGGCCACACUUCUUUGGACUCAACCGGCCACGGUUUUGGAUAUCUAUUACUAUUAUUUCUCUGGUUACCAGGAUUUGUUUAGAAGUUGUGGUGGGAAUGGAGUGGUUGAGUUUCCUGGGUUGCCGGCCCUUGCUCCAACUGAUUUCCCUUCUUUUAUGUUCUCCAAGACAACAACCAAUGUUUUGGAUUGGGCUAUCCAGGGCAUGAAAGAUCAGAUUGAUCUGAUUAACAGUGAAGAGAGCCCCAAAAUUCUAGUCAACACUUUUGAUGACUUGGAGGUUGAUGCUUUGAGGGCUAUAAAGAAACUGACACUGAUUGGGAUUGGCCCUUUGGUUCCUUCUGCGUAUUUGGAUGGGAAAGAUCCUUAUGAUACCUCGUUUGGAGGUGACUUGCUAGAAAAGUCCGAUGACUAUGUUGAAUGGUUGGACUCUCAGCCUAAGGGUUCUGUGAUUUACGUAGCGUUUGGUAGUUACUCUGAUCUUCCAAACGCGAUGAUGGAAGAGAUUGGUCAAGGACUUGUUCAGAGUAAAAUGCCAUUUUUGUGGGUGAUUAGGGAGACGCUGACUGGUGUUCGAAAGCCUGAAGAAAAUUUGAGGUGCAAGGAGGCAUUGGAGAAGCAAGGGAAGAUAGUUCGUUGGUGUACGCAAGUAGAGGUUCUGCAACACCCGGCUAUAGGGUGUUUCUUGACUCAUUGCGGAUGGAAUUCGACGAUAGAAAGUUUGGUUUUGGGGAUGCCAAUUGUGGCCUUCCCAUUGUGGAGUGACCAAAUUUGCAACGCGAAGCUCAUUCAAGAUGUUUGGAAAAUUGGGAUGAGAGUGAAAGCUAAUGAAGAAGGCAUUGUUGAAGCUCGUGAGCUGAAGAGGUGCGUUGAAUGUGUGAUGGGAGAGGAAGGAGCUGAGCUGAGAAAGAAUGCUAUGAAAUGGAGAGAAUUAGCUAAGAGUUCCAUGAAAGAAUAUGGAUCUUCAUAUUUGAAUCUUAAAGCUUAUGUAAAUGACAUUCUUCUUUAAGUAAUAUUAAUUAUUAAGAAUGCUCAUUUCCAAUUGAGAGCUCGAUUAGCUUGUCCCAAAGUUGCCGUGUGUACCUUUACUUUGCUAAAGAUUACUUUAUCUAAA